AUGCACUAUCUAACAAAGCACGGGCUGGUGCCUGUGUCAGCAAAUGAGCUGUGUCAGAAAAGCGUUGAAGGAGGACUAGUGGUGUUGUCAGAUCACAUUGUUGGGACUGACAAAAUUGUGCUAUUGCAUUCUUUUUGUAUUCGCAGUGGUUCCGUUAGCAAAAAGGAACGGCGUGUGGAACAGAAAAAGCGGAAAAUCCUCGCUUUGGCCGAGGUAAUGCAGUUGAAUGAGCAAGACAGGGCUGGUUGCGCUCAACGUGAAUUGACAGCUGUUAGAGAUGUAGGCAGUUUCGCUUCAGAAGCGAUAGCGGAUGGUUCUCACGAUAAGCAAGAGUCGCCGGAUCAGAAAAAGGCUAAAUUGGCAGACGCGGAUUACCGGACUUUGAAGGCGGAAGUGAAACGCGACAGGAUGCGGAACAUUCCAAAACUGCGCCUGAAGGAUGUGGGCGAAGAAGCUCUGAUGAAAACAAAGCCGGAAGAACGAGUCCCUUUGCUGUUGGAUGAUAUUCAGGCGCUGUUGAUGUAUACUUUGCUGCGGACUGAUUCUCCUUCGAAUCCCAACCGGUGGGCAGCGAUGGAAAAAUCUGCUAAAUUGACCCACACAACCGUACUGUUAAUUGAGGGUCUCACAUCGGAUGAUUUCACCGAGUUCGAGGCCGAUUUCAAAGAGUGUAAAAAGAUAUUCCACAACAUUCUGCAGGUAGUGACACCUAGCGAUCGGCUUGUCGAGGAAUUAGCGUGCGUCCCGUUAAGUGACUCACACAAAGACAUCUUGUUGGCCGAGUACGGAUCCCUGGAGGCCGCCAUGUUGGCCUGCAAGGACAAUCUGCUCAUGAAGAAAAGCAUGUGCACGAAGAUCGGAGUGGAAUCGGAGGACGGCGAGGGCGAGUACGAUUAGGCGGGACUGCUACCGGGGGGCAAGUUUCCACGCACACAAUUGCUGCUGUCGCCGAUCCAAAUGAUCAACGAAGAUUAUCCACUGCCGCUGACAUGUAGUCUUAAACAUCGCUACGCGGGAUAUGUGACGACCAACGAUCACUAUGCACCUGUGUCGCCCAGAUCCCCUAUGUUUGGCCUGGACUGCGAAAUGUGCAAAACCAGUAUCGGCGCCUCGGAGCUGACCCGAGUAUCCAUCAUCGACGAACACGGCAACGAGUUCUACGAAUCGUUGGUCCGACCAGAUAACAAGAUCGUUGACUAUUUGACACAGUUUUCCGGUAUCACUCCGGAAAUGAUGAGAAACGUUUCGAAAACGUUGAAGGAUGUCCAGAAAGAUCUGAGGAAUAAGCUUUCUCCGGUUGCGGUCCUUGUGGGUCAGUCUCUUAACUUCGACUUGAACGCACUGAAGAUGAUGCACCCCUAUGUGAUAGACACCAGCAUAUUAUUCAAUGUGACGGGUACACCGGGCACAAAAAGCAAACUAAAGAUGUUGAGCUCGGAACAAAGUUUGUAG